GGCCCCAGAGUACUCCAGUGAGUCCAGUCUCCCCCUAGGGACCACAAAGCUUCAAGAACCACGAGUCGCCUGUUCCAUUUCGUAUUGUUUUUAUUUGAAAUUCUCAGUAAAAUCUUGUGAUCAGUUGGCAAUUUAACCUUCCGUCGGUACGUUGAAAGGUAAAUUGAGAGUCAAGAUAAAUAAGCUUGUCGUAAGUUAAUAGAAAGGGAAUACUUGAGAUUGCAUCCGUAGGCUGUCGGCAAUUGAUUGACCUAAACUGACCAGCAUAGGCCUAAGCUAUACAAAACAGAAAAUAUGGGUGGCACUGGAGAUUGGGAUAUUGAAUCCUGUCGUUCAUUUUAUGAAAGUGAUGAACACUGGGCUCUAAAGAAAGAAUUCAUGGAAACUCACUACGAUGCCAUACCAGAGGAACGCUUGGUUUGUUUGGCCCAAGUAUAUGCCAAUAUUGAACUUCUGGGUUGCAGGUAUCCUGCAAAAGUCAUGGAGGAAGUGAGUGCUUUAGCCCGUGGUAUGGCACUGGAAUACAAAGAAAAAAAGAAAACUAAACUACAGAGAACAUUUGUUAAAGCCUCAGAUGCUGCUGGGGCAAAAGUCAGAGGUCCAAAGGGACAAAAACGAAAGAACCCUGAUGAAACAGCACCUCAUGAACCUUUACAUAAGAAGAAGGUCCCUUUUGUUAAAUCUCAAAGCUCUUCUAAUGAACCGCUUGCAUCAAAGCCAGUAGCAUUUGUUAAAGCUGAAAGUACUGCACAGGAACCUACCUCGAGUCCAAUUAUAUCAUUUAUUAAGUCGGUAAGGGAUGACAAUGCCAGUGAAGAAGAAGGUGAAGUGAGUGAUGAUCCAGAAAGUGAUAAAAAGGAGUCCAUGUCAGUGGAUAAAUGCUUGUCAUUCAUAAAGUCAAUUAGAGGAGGAGAAAGUGAACAUAGUCCCAUAAAAUCAUCAGCAGAACAGAGGGAUAUGGCAGAUAAAUACAGGAAAGCUACGCAGCAAAAUGUCAGACAGAGAAUUUCAUAUCCAGACAAAGAACCAGAUAAUAACGCAGUUGGAAGGGGUCUAGGUCGUGGUAGUUUCCGUACACCAAGAGGAAAGGCAACCCCUGUUGGUGGACAUUCCAGAGAUGGAGGAAAAUAUGCAGCUCAUUUAGCAGCUCUGAUGAGGAGCACUGAUCCUCUUUGUGAUUUUAUUCUUGUUCAGAGGGUCUAUGCCAACACUGAUAAUCCAUCAGCUAUUUUAGAGCAGUCUGCAAACUUUUCUCAUAUGCCACUGGAUUGUUCAUAUGAUCAAAAUGGGCACCGUUGUCGCAUAUCGAUAAAUGGGAUCAAUGUUGCAAAUGCAAGGGCUGAAAAUAAAAAAGCUUCCAAAGAUGCAGCUUCAAUAAAGGCACUGGAGAUACUAAUUAAACGAUGUUUUACACUAAGAAUUCUUAAACUCCAUUCAUCAGUUGAAGAAGUUUCAUUAUCAGAGGUAUCAUCUGAAAAUAGUGCUUCCUCCAGGUUAACCAGUAAACAUGGAAGCUCUGAAGACACCCCAAUUGAUGAUUCCAGUAUUGGUAGUAAGCUUCUGAAAAUGAUGGGCUGGGCAGGUGGAGGUCUUGGAAAAGAUGGAAGUGGUAUAUCAGAGCCAAUCAAGCCUCAGCAUGUAUUUGGACGGACAGGUCUUGGACAUGAAGGCGAACAGGGAGUAACUAAAGUUUUCAAGACAAGAAUCAGGGGCAUGUUACAAGAUUAUUUACGGGGUAGUGAUAUGAGCGACCUUGCUUUUUCACCUCUGUUUUCAAAAGAACAGCGAGCAGAAAUUCACAAAAUGGCACGAACAAUGAAAUUGAAGAGUCACAGCCAUGGUAAAGGUGAAAAUCGUUUUUUGGUGAUUUCCCGCAAAUUUUCACCAAAACAGCUGCUAUAUCGACUUUUACAAGAGGGACCCACAGACAAAUAUGAAUUAGUGGCUCCUGGAGAGAACUAAUGUACAGUAUUUAAGGUGCCUAAGUUAUUUUGACCAGUUAUUUAUAUAUAUGUAUUAUAUAGUUACUUGUACAGUAUAGAGUAUAUUAAGAAUCACAGAGUAUGCACUGCUGAUGUGUGAAGUCAGUAAUCCAAGCAUCAAGACUAGCAUUUAAUCUUGCAUGAAAUUUUCAUGACUUUAAAUAUGCAGAAAUUAUGUGUACAAUAGAAAAUACAAGAAAUGUAGUUAGUUUUACAUCUGUUAAGUUGUUUAUAAUAUAUAUUUUGUUACAAUUCAGUUGAAAGUCUAAAGUUUUAAUUGGCAGUUACUAAAAUCAUACUCUCAAAGUUACUGAUAAAUUAUUAGGGAAUUUAAUUUUAAUCAUAAACUGUAAAGAAUAAAUGGCAAUAUGUUUACAUUAAAAUAAAGAUGCAAGUAAAACAAAUGGGUUAGAUUCCCAUUUGUUCUAUUGAAAAUGGAUAA